GUCCACACUGUGCCCUCGGAGCCACCGCCUGUCACCGCCGCCACGCGUGGGCCGGCCCGCUUCACAGCCCUCCCUCCCCAACCCGGGCCGCCCCAGACGCGCCGCAACAUCAGCCACUCUCUCGCGCGCCAGCCGGGCCCCGGGGAAGGGGAGCGCCGCUCGACGCCGCCGGUGCGUGAUGACGCACGUGCGCGCGCGAAGACGUGAGGACGCCGGCGGGCCGUAGAGAACGUUCGGCUGUCUGUAUACCUCCCUGGAUCCUACAUAUUCCCCUCACUGGGUUGGCAUCUAACCAUGCAGCGGAGACCAAGAGGACUGAAUGCUGGGCUUCUUCUGCUCCUUUCUCAAAUCUUCCAUGUCGGCAUCAAUAAUAUUCCACCUGUCACCCUGGCCACUUUGGCUGUCAACGUCUGGUUCUUCCUGAGUCCUCUGAAGCCACUGUAUAGCUCCUGCCUUAGCGUGGAGAAGUGUUACCAAGAGAAAGACUGGCAGCGCUUGCUGCUCUCCCCCUUUCACCACGCGGACGACUGGCAUCUGUAUUUCAACAUGGUGUCCAUGCUAUGGAAAGGAAUACAUCUGGAAAGAAGACUAGGAAGCCGAUGGUUUGCCUAUGUUAUCACCACGUUCUCCCUACUCACUGGCGUGGUGUACCUUUUGUUGGAAUUUGCUCUUGCAGAGUGUAUGGGUGAGCCCGACUUCAAAAGGAGUUGUGCUGUAGGUUUCUCAGGAGUUUUGUUUGCUUUGAAAGUUCUUAACAACCAUUAUUGCCCUGGAGGCUUUGUCACCGUUUUGGGCUUUCCUGUACCCAACAAAUUUGGUUGUUGGGCAGAACUUGUGGCUAUUCACUUAAUCUCUCCAGGGACCUCCUUCGCUGGGCAUCUGGCCGGGAUCCUCGUUGGACUCAUGUACACUCACGGGCCUCUGAAGAAAAUCAUGGAAACAUGUGCAGGCAUUUUUUCCUCCAAUAAUGGCUACCCAGGACAGCAAUACUACUUUAAUAAUUCAGGCUACUCUGGAUCUCAGGAUUAUUACCCAUACAGCAGGCCAGGUUACCAGGAAGACGUAUCCAGGAACUAUGAUGCCUACACAGGAGGACUGAGUGAGGAGGAACAGCUGGAGAGAGCACUGAGAGCCAGCCUCUGGGACCGAGGAAACAGCAGGAACACGCCCCCGUCCUAUGGGUUCCGGCUGCCACCAGAAGAAGAAAUGAGGAGAAUGCGGCUUCACAGAUUCAACCGCCAGUGAGGACGCGCAGCCUCCCGGCAGACAGCAGUGGUGUAAUUACUGCCUGUGUGGUUCCCCCCCCCCCCCCCAAACCCUGAUGACUGUAAACAGAAGCAGAGCGCGGGUUAUCGUCCAGACCGCUCAGACCUGCCUUGCCCGUCUGUCUCCCGUGGCCCCAGGAGCCUGGAGUCCCAAACAGGCUGGUUGCCCUGAAACCAGGCCUGCUGAACAGCCUCCUGCGAGCGGCCUUUCUCCUGGCCUUGCUUUCUCUCACAAACAAGGUCAGUGCCUCCAUGUAGGGCCCGGUUCCCACACUCCAUUCUCUCACUGUCGACUCCACGGCGCCUCUGCCUUGUUUUGUUUUUGAGGACUCUGACCUUCACCGGGAGGUUUGUCUCCACCGGCUCCAGCUCCUAAGAUGGGGCUUUAUUCCACCUGGCCUGCUCCGUGUUCGACUUUGCAGGAAGUUAGGAGCCGUGCCUGGUCCUCCUGGCAUGUUGCCAUGGCGACUUCCCAGGAUGGGAUGUGGCUCCCACCGCACUGUUCCCAUCUCCUUGUGCAGGAACCCAGCUCCUUGGGCCCCUGCAUCUGGGUGGUGCUGGCAGUGCACUUGGUUUGGUCUCGUAUUGCUCGGCCUUACAGAGCGUCUGACCGGAAGAGCUUUAGUGAGAGCAGGUGGGGAAAGCGCUUGCUGAACAGCCUCCUGCGAGCGGCCUUUCUCCUGGCCUUGCUCUCUCACAAACUAGGUCAGUGCCUCCAUGUAGGGACCGGUUCCCACACUCCAUUCUCUCACUGUCGACUCCGCGGCGCCUCUUCUGAUAGCACGAUGGACAGCUGGACAUCAGGUGGCACCAGCAUGGGGCAGCCUCCCUGGUGGCCUUCUGCGUGCCUGGGAGGGACUGCUUUUUAACCCAUCAGCAAAGCAGUAGGUGCCACGUGCAGAGUAGAGCCAAGGUGUUGUGGGAUGUUCACUGAGAAAUCGCGCUUGAGGAAGCCUUUUCUCACCAAAGUGCCUUUUCAUUGGCCGCUGUAAUAGCCACUCGUCUAUCAAGUAUCUCAGACACUCCCCUGCUGUCUGGCCCAUCAUUUAAGUGCUUCCUGGUGCUUCUGUUUUAUGAAAAGGACAGUCGAUAUCACUGAUGUCUUAGUCACUGAGAUAUUUAUUUUUUAAAGAGUUGGAAGCAGCAAAUAUCUAUUUCAAUGUAUCUAGGAUUUAUAUAGAGUUUUCUGAUUAUGAAAGUAAUAUACAUGUCCCUCGUAUAUGCAUAAAGCAAACAUGUUAUGGAAGAAAAUAAGCCACAUGUUAACAGAGGUUACUUUGGGGAGUGGAGCAAAAAGUAUUUUGCUUUCUGUUUUUAUAAUUUUAUAUUGCUCUUUUAUAUGUCUGUAUCACUUUUGCAAUAAGAAAACUGACUUAUAUCAUAAUAAUAAAUCAAGAAAUAUA